AUGAUUGUCCGAAACCUUUUGGGAAAAAAUCGGCUAUGUUGUUUGCAACCGAAGUUACUAUUAUCAACUCUAUCACAACGACCACAACUGCAAUUGUCAUUACAACUACUAUGUCGUGCGACAAGGCUGUAUGCAACUGUCAAUGAUAUUGCAUUGCCCAAAACUCGAAACAUUGGUAUCAUUGCACACAUCGAUGCUGGAAAAACCACCACCACGGAAAGAAUGAUUUACUACAGUGGGAAAAGUAAACGUAUUGGAAAUGUUGAUGAAGGAGAUACUGUUACCGAUUAUUUACAAGCUGAACGAGAGCGUGGAAUCACUAUCCAACUGGCGGCAAUUACAAUUCCUUGGAAUAAUCACAAGAUUAACAUUAUCGACACACCUGGACAUGCAGACUUCACAUUUGAAGUUAUACGAUCAUUACGCGUUCUUGAUGGAGCAGUUACCAUUUUAGAUGCCGUUGCUGGAGUAGAGGCUCAAACAGAGAAAGUUUGGAAACAAGCAAGCGCUUUAAAACUACCAAGAAUGAUUUAUGUAAACAAGAUGGAUCGACCAGGUGCUGGUUUCAGUCGAACAGUAAAGGAAGUGAUCCAAAAGUUGGAAACCAGGGUUGUUUUAUGUAACACCCCCUUUUUUGAAAACCAAGAGCUGAAUCCCGAGUUUAGAGGUGUUAUUGAUGUGAUCCAUGGAAAAUUAUUGAAAUGGAAGGAAGCCGAUGAAUUCGGUAAAGAAAUUGAUGUUGAAGAUAUCGAUGAAACUAAACCCGAGCUAUAUGAUGUCUACUGCAAGGCUAGAGAAUAUAUGGUGGAGACCUUGGGAGAAUAUGACGAAUCAAUCAUUGAUGCAUUCUUGGAAAAUGAUGAAAAUUACUUGAAAAUAUCACCCGAGUUGCUUAAUCGCGCAAUUAGGAAAGCAACAAUUGAUAAUUACUUGGUACCAGUAUUUUGCGGAGCAUCAUUUAGAAAUAUUGGUGUGCAGCCAUUGAUGGAUGGUAUCACCAACUACUUGCCAUCUCCCUUGGAAACACCUGUGCCAGAUAUCAAAAGCAAGAAGAAACAAGAGAUUUCAGCAAAAAUGGCUAACAACGGACUUAUAAUCAACAACGAUCCCAAGCUCACAGUUGGCUUAGUAUUUAAGGUGAUGAAUCACGCCACUAGAGGACCAAUGGCUUUUGUUCGGAUCUAUAGUGGCAAGCUAGUGGCCAAUUCUAUGGUGGUCAACUCAAGAACAGGAGCAAAGCACUCUGUAAGAAAGUUACUCAUAAUGCACGGUGACCAGCCCGAAGAAGUCAAGUUUAUUGGUGCCGGUAACAUUGGAGUUAUAUCAGGUUUUGAAGACGAAUUUCACACUGGUGAUACAGUUAUUUCGCAUGCGACUAGUAAAAAAGCUGUGGGAACAAUGGAAUCCACGAUCAAGUUGAUGCCCAUUGAUAUACCACCUCCAUUAUUCAACUCAAGUAUUGAACCAUUUACUGCAGGAGAUGAAGCACACAUGAAGAAAUGUAUUGAUAUUUUAAUUAGAGAAGAUCCUUCGCUAAAAGUACACACGGAGGAAGAUAUGGGUCAAACGAUCUUGAGCGGAAUGGGUGAGUUGCACCUUGAAAUUGUCCGCGAUCGAUUGAUUAACGAUAUGAAGGUGAAGGCAAACUUGAGAGAUAUAGCCGUGGCAUACAAAGAAUCUUACAUUGGUAAAACACCCACGAAUGGUCUGUUUGAGACCGAAUCGAUACAAGUGAAAUUAAGUAUUGAGCAUGUGGAUGAUUGCAAAUCGUUUGAGGAUGUAGAUGGUGCCAUUAUCUUUGAAGAUGAAAACAAUGUCAUCAUCGUACCGGAAUCACUGGUUUCGGAAACAGUCCAAAGUGCCACCGAAGGAAGGAGAUGGAAAUGCCCAAGUAGCUAUGAAGAACUCCAUGAAGCAGUUGUUAAUGGUUGUUCGAUGGCUUUACAGACUGGAGGGCCGCACCUCGGUCUCAGUUUGCAUUCGACGCUUGUCAAAGUAGAGUUCUGGAAUGCACCAGUUGAAGUAAACGAGGAGCUCAUUCCUCCAUUGAUGAAUGCUGCUCGUGAAGCAGUGCAAAGUGUUAAGGCAAGCGAAAACAAAUUUGGUUUUUUGGAGCCUCUCAUGAAUGUUCGUGUAUUUGUCGAUUCGGCAGAUAUGGGGGAAGUCUCGCAUGAUUUAUCUCAAAGAUGCCAAGCACUCAUUCAUUCAGUUGAAGAUGAAUCACUGCUGAAUUUGGAAACUGCCAAUUGGGCAAAGGACGAAGCCGAGAGAGCUUAUCUUCCACCAGAUUACACCAUGUCAAAGACUGCUCUUGCAGAUAACUACAAGACUAGAAAAGUGAUCCAUGCAGAGACACCAUUGAAGGAGAUGAUUGGGUAUUUAUCAAAACUUCGCUCUCUAACUGGAGGCAAAGCCACAUUCGAUAUGAGCUUCCUAGGUAUGAGACGAGUGACGCAAAGUAGAUUAAACCAAAUUUUCUAA